AUGGAGUCAGAUCCCGUGACAGUCACUGAGCCGGAGCCUAUGGAAGGUAUUGAAUACGCUGAGGAUCUAGCCAUAUCAACACCGCCCGGCCUGCCUGUUCGUCGUCCAUCCACACUCAGGAAUCAUGCCAAUCAGAGACCCAGACCAUCGAGAACACCUGAUCGCUUCGUCUUCGACAGAAACCCCAACGUACAAUCUCGAGAGAGGUUCAUGCUGUCCAGCCCUCCUCAAGACCUGACUGUUCACGACAGGUGGAGCCGUCGACAAUGCCAUGCCCAUGAUGCUUUCGGGUCCAGCACAAGGACUGGCCGAGGCUCGAGACGUUCGAGAUCUCUAGUCAGACACCAAACCUCCAGGACUCCGAGACUGUUCAUGAGCAGUCGUGUCAACCCUCUUGGUCUUGUCACGCCUGACAACCCUCGCGACAUCAGUCAAGGUGCUGUGUGGAAUGUCGGAGGCUCAUCGUCUGUUAGCCCAAGUGACGGCGUUCGAAGUGUGAGUAACGGACGGGGUGGUCAUAUCACGAGCGGCACCAAUGCACCUAUGUUCAGAUCUGAUUUUGCCAACCGUGUACAUGAUGACUCCGAAUUUUUGCACAUCCACGGACAGCGUCUGAGUACUGCCAUGGGACUUGAUCCAGCCAACAGGGUCUUGGAUCAAGGCUCUGGUCUGCUUACUCCAGUGAGUUCACCUGAAGCCAAUGCCGCUGGAAGCUUCAGUCCGACUGUCUGGCGAAACAACGAGUGGACAAAACCUGGCUCUCCUCCAUCACAAGUCAAAGAAAGUCGUUCCGGUCAUCCCCUUCAGAUAAGUCCAUUUCAUGUUGGCUCUCGGUUGAUGCUGAUGCUCCACACAGUACUCGAUGCACCAGCACUUCGUGAUGACUAUUACUGUUCCCUUCUGGCGUACUCGGACACAGCAAAAUGUCUCGCUGUCGGCCUUGGAGCGCAAGUCUACACAUGGUCUGAGGUCCGAGGAGUUGAGAGUCCUGAGUUCUUGGGUCAACCCUUUUCUGGACACGUUACAUCGCUUUCAUUCUCAUCCACACAAGGUGAAAGGUCCAUUCUUGCUGUUGGACGAUCUAAUGGAUGCAUAACGCUUUGGUCCCCUUCAGAGGCGAGCCCAAGGUUCAACCACACCCACCGCUCUCCGGUCUCUUGUGUUUGUUUCAGUCCUCGCACUUUCCGUAGAGCAUCUACUCAAAGUCUUCCAGUCAGAGUGCAGGUUGAGUAUAUGCUUGUCGGUAAUGAAGCUGGCCAAACUUACUUGUACUCGGUAGAAUGGCCAGACGAGCUCAACAUGGACCUCUUCGCAUGGCCUGGCAACAUGACCGUUCUAGCACGUCUAGACCUCCACACGCAGCAGAUCUGCGGGCUGGCCUGGAGUUCCGACGGCCGAUUCUUCGCUUCGGGCGGUAACGACAAUGCGCUCAAUGUUUUCGAGACACGACGAAUUCUGCAACCUGAGAACGCAACGGUACAUCACACGGUCAUGGUGAGGGAUGAUUUUACCUAUUACCCACCGUCGAAUCAAGAGGAAGCACUUUGGAUCUUGCCAGGUCGACAGAGUCACCACUACACAUUGAACGCGGCAGUCAAGGCCUUGGCUUUCUGUCCAUGGCAACCGUCUCUGCUAGCUGCUGGUGGUGGUAGCAAUGACCGUUGCAUUCAUUUCUAUCACACUGUAUCUGGAGCGAAGCUUGCAACCAUCGAUUGUUCAUCACAGGUCACGAGCUUGGUCUGGAGCAAGACUCGGCGUGAGAUCGCUGCUACUUUCGGGUUCACCCAACCGGAUCACCCUAUCCGCGUGGCCGUCUUCUCAUGGCCGGCAUGUGAGUGUAUUGUCCGCAUCCCUUAUUCCACGCCUGGUGAAGAUUCUGGCAGAUCAUCGGCAAGAGAAGGUACACCUUGGUAUGCAAGACGAACACGCGCAGAAGGUUGCCUGGUUGUUGCUUCCAGCGACUCGAGCAUCAAGUUCCACGAGGUCUGGAGCGAGGAGCCGACAUCUUAUCGCAAUGGGUUGGUGACGCCAAUGGGGACCAACAUGGGCAUCAAUGGCUGUCUUGGUGGCAGUGACAUACUGGAGUCGCUGCAUGGGAUUGAGAAGGAGGGUGCUUCGGUGAUUCGUUGA